GCACGCUGCUGGAUUUUAUUCUAAACAGUGUGUUGAGGCGAGCGGUCGCGUCGUUUCGUACAAUAAUAUCGCCAUACGCGAGACGCGAACGUUUCGAUUGCAUAGCGUUUGUCUUAUGUCCACACGCAUCGUGCCAAGCAUAACAAUCGACGAAGCGAACAUAAAAUACGACUCCUUAUGUGGAUGAUACGUGCAAACUUGUGGUAAUGGUUGCUUCAAACCGCUUAAACACAUCAGUGACCAAUACAUCUUUGUGUAGUGUGGACUAUUCCAGUGUUUUCUGUUGAAAAGUGAUGCCGGGUCACGCAGGUAGCCCAUAUUGGGCCUCUGUUGAUUUCGACAGUGAAGGCGAAGAAGCUCAGACCCCACCUGCUCAUCAUAGGGUGUAUUUAGACCCGUGGGAUUCUGAAGCGUACGGUAUAAUGCAGGGGGAAUCUGCUGAAUCCAGUCAAGGGGACAACUUCAACUCUUUUGCCGGUGAAUCAGUCAGUGCGAGCUUUUAUUACGUCCCCACUAAGAAUUAUGACGAAUCUGAUGAACCACCGAUAACAUCCCGAAGAAAAUCACCUCCAGAAAACGCGAUAUCGCCUGAUUAUUCCAUAUACGGAAGGAAAUUAACUAGGUCGAUGAUCACCGACUUUCAGCCUGAAGCGUCGUUUUACGGUGAAAGAGUUAUCCGGGAAAGAAGAAGGUCAAUGUACAUUGAAGAACCGAUAUACACACCACACCCGGUCCUCUAUGAGCCAGUGUACGGACAUAUACCACCACCCCCUGGAUAUCUGCCCCCGGCACCCAGAUCUCGCAUGUCUCUUCCUCAUCACCCUGAAUAUGUUAUGGCUAACCUCGGCUACAGCCAGCAUAGGAGACAUUCCAGGUUGACAGACGCGUACGAACACUUCGCGUACGAGAGCCUGUCUCCAGACUACGAGGACUGGGCCAGACCACUACCAAAGACUGUUCCUGAUAACUUCCACCUAUCCAGAUACGGCCACCUUCAAAUAGAUUAUUCUUGCAGUUGGAACUCGCUAGAUAGACUAAUAAGGAAUCAAUAAUCAAAACUAUAUUCACGAAGACUUUAAAAAUGAAUAAAAUAAGACAUCGUUAUAGCUUAAUUAGCAAUUUAUUAUAUAGUGAACACAUCUUUCAAAAGCGAUCUUUUAAAAAUUAUAUGAGCUUGCUUUCCUAUCG